AUGUCUCUCGCCAACGCCUUCUCGACACGACGAGCAUCCCGCGGACGCAGGCUCGCAGGCUCGCACGCCCGCGCGGCCUUGACGCCCCAAGCGGCCCAAACCAUGUUGACCCCCUUCGCGGCAGCAACGUCGUCGACCAUGGCGGCUGUCACGCUCGGUGGAGCGCAGGACGUCGAUGCGGCGAUGCUGGCCGGCACGGGGGCGAGUAUCGGUGGAUCGGGACAAGGAGCGGGAGGGGAAGGCGGAGGAGCACACCCGAGUUCGCAGGACGACGAGGUCGAGAUGAUGCGUUUCCUUGGCGGUGGACUCGGUGACGACUCGCCGGUGCUGUCGAGCGCGAGGAGCGGGAAACGAAAGGCCGGGACGGGAGAGGGAGGGCACGGGGCGAAGAAGCAGAAGGGAGGGAUCGACGACGGGCUCGGACUGGGCAGUGAGGAAGGACUCGCAUCCUUGCACGACGCGUUUGCGCUUACUGGGCCGAGCACGAGCGGGCAGGCGGGCGCGAGCGGAGGCGGGACAAGCGGCGCGGACCACUCGCUCUCGAUGGGCGACUACAGCAUCCCACUCGGCGACAUGGGCGCGUACGGCGCAGGCGGCGACUUUUCCUUCGAGCACUUCCUCAAUUCGACCGAGCCUGCUGCGCCCGCUCCCUCCGCCGCGACCUCGCAGGAACCCGAGUCUUCGCCUGCGACAACCGCCGGCAAGUCGCAGGACAAGGCCGAGGACCCGGCUGCCGUUGCUCCCGAGGUCGACUUGCCGCCCCUCGAAGAUGCGAUCGGACCGGACGUCGACAUCGUCUCUGCCACCUCGGCCGCCAACACCCCCGAGGUCGGCGGACGCCUCGACCUCGCCUCGAUCGACCCCGCUCUCCAGUCGCUCGCCGCUUCGGCGUCGCAGCAACACUCGCCUGUCGACGACGACGAGCAGCGCCAGCAUGCGCAGUCGCAGUACGACGAGGUCAAGCGCUUGCUUGGGUUCAACGCGGCAGACAUGUCGUUCCUCAACGCUCCGGCUCACGACGAGCCCUCCCCUCCGCCCGCCGACGAGCUCAUGCAUGCGACGACGGCAGCGCAGGGCUCGGGAAGCCCGCAACUCGACCCUGCGCUUGGCGACUCGCUCCCGCCGAUCCCUCCGCCCACUCCGCCUUCGGGCCACGCGACGCGCAGGAGGCCCAUCAAGUCCGCCAAGGCGCGUGACGCGUCCGACUCGCUCGUCGCGACCGCGAUUCGCGCACCGGCGAAGAAGUCGGGCGGCGGGUCGAGGAAGAAGAAGCAGGCGCCGGCUGCUGCGGCUCAGCAGUCCCUCACGCCCGAGAUCGUCCCCGCCACCAUGGUCGACCCGACUGCCGGCUCAGCCGUCGCGUCGACGUCUGGAUCGGUCGCAGGUUCGAGGCAGAACUCGCCCGCCUUGUCGGCCACCUCCGCCUCAGGCAAGCCCAAGCCCCCUCGACCCCGCACGCACACGCACAUCCACCCGCCCGUCUUCAACCCCCAAGCACCAACCCCUCGCAACCCGAACGGCACCGCUCCAGGCGCGACGGACUUUGCCCCUCCCGGAGGCGGACCGACCGCGCGCGAGGCGGCGGCGGCGUUUGCGGGCGACGACGAUAACCCUCAUCCGUGUCCGAUUCCGGGGUGCGACAAGAAGUUUGCGAGGAAGAGCGACUUCUUGCGUCACUAUCGCAUCCAUACGGGCGAGAGGCCGUUCGUGUGCGAGUAUCCUGGCUGUGGCAAGUCGUUCAUCCAGCGCUCGGCUCUGACGGUCCACCAGCGCGUCCACACCGGCGACAAACCUCACGCCUGUCAAGACUGCGGUAGACUAUUUAGCGACUCGUCCUCGCUCGCUCGCCACCGCCGCAUCCACGCCGGCCUCAAACCCUUCGCAUGCGAGAUGUGCGGCACCAAGUCGUUCUCGCGCAAGGCGACUCUGACUCGCCACCAGAACAUCUGUCCUGGUCGACCUGGAGGGAACGGGAUUGAGGGCGUGCACCCGCUCGCGAAUGGAGAGGCGUUUGAUGAGGACGACGAUGAGGGAGAGAGCGACGAUGGAGGGAUGACGCCGCAGCCUGUUGCGCCUCCGCCGCCCCCGAAGGGCAAGGGCAGGGCGUUGAAGCCCAAGGCGCCGCGCAAGCCGAGGAUGACGAAGGCUCAGCAGCGCGCUGCGGCUGCUGCGGCGGCGCAAGAGGCGGCGGCGUUACAGGUCCAGCAGGCCAUCGCCAUCAACCCGCUCUACAACCUCGGCGGAGGUGGCGACUUCCCCUCGUCCGCCGCGACUUCGAUCGCGUCGGCGUCCGCAUCGCCCGAACCGGACAUCCAGCUCAACGUCUCGGAACCGCUCCCGCCUUUCCCUGCUUUCGACCCGACCGCCGCCAUCGUCGCCGGAUUCCGCGGUUCGCCCUCGUCCGCCUUCCUCAACCUCGACCGCUCCUCUCCCGCCUCGACCGCGUCUCCGCGCCUCACGACGCACCGCCGCCUCUCGGCUGCCCCGCCCACUCCCAUGUCGCCCGCCUCGCGCGAACUCGCAGCGAGCGCAACCCGCUCGACCGUCCAGCCCGUCCCUCGUCCCGGCGCAGUCAAGAACGAGCCGCAGCUCGAUCCGAUCCUGACGGGUUUGCGGCUCCAGCUCGGCGGGGUUGGCGCCAACUCGGAUUCGGGGUGCGAUGAUUCCGAGUGCGAUGGAGACUGCGAGUGCAGCAAGUCGGAUCGCGAGGACGCGCCUGCCAAGGGCAAGAACGGCGAGGAUGACAUCGAUGUGCCCGAGGAGCAGGCGGCGGCUGUUGCGGCGCUUGUGCAGGGGUUCAUCCCGAACGCGAACGGCGAGGGUGCGGCCGAGGCGGCCUGA